AUGAAAAUCAGACCGAUUCGGGAAACAGAGAGCUCGAUCGCCAAAGCCAUCAAGAACAGAGAUCGAGAAGAGAAAGAGAUCUAUAGUGAUAUUAUUAAGGGAUACCAGGUCCUUAUUAAUAGCCUGAAGGAGACCAAAGGCAAGAGUAACUCUUUGAGGCAAUCCUUAAUGUCAAAUCUUUCUCCAAGCCUUGAUGUAGGCAGUGGCAAUUCUGAGAAGAUCAAUAAGCUUAAUGAAGACCUCCGUGAAACUUAUAAGAAACUCACACUUGCCAAUGAAGCGGUAACAAAGCUUGAGAAGGAAAAUGAAGAACUUAAGAAAAAGAAUGAGACUUUUGGAGCCGAAAAUGAAUCUAUGAGAGUUGUCCUUACUGAUCUUAAGGAGAAAGUCGAGAUUAGAACGAAAGAACUUAAUGCGUGUAAGGCUGAGAAUGAACUCCUUAAUGGAAAGAUUAAGGAACUAAAGCAGGAUAAUACCCUAUACUUUAAGAAGAUAGUUGAACUGCAGGAAGAAGUUGUACAGAAAAUGAAUGAUGCCAAUCAGUUAUAUGAAGAAGCUUCUAAAUUAAAGCAAGAUAGUAUCUUGAAAAACCAUGAUGAGUAUGGUGUCUCUAAUUCUGUGAAACCAGGGCUCGACCUGUCCUCUAUGAUAAAUGAUGGGUACUUUAAGAUACCGUCAAAAACUAGGCAUAGUUUAUUUGCACAUUCAAAGGAAGCCAUGUGUUUGACCUAUACAUCUCAAGGAAGCAAUAUCGCAUCAGGUGGAGGUGACGGGAUCAUCAAAAUCUGGGAUGUUGAGCAAGGAAAGGAGUACGGAAGUCUUGCAAAGCAGAAGAAAUCUAUCACUUGCUUAAAGUUUAGUCCAGACGACCAAUUUUUGGCAUCCUGCUCUUUGGACAGAACCAUUAAGCUCUGGAAAAUUCAGACAAUGAGAGAAGCUAUUUCCUUUUCAGGUCAUAGUGACAAUAUUAACUCUUGUAGCUUCUCAUAUGCCGCUAAGAAGUUAAUCACUGCUUCUUCUGAUAGGACUAUAAGACUCUGGGACUUUGUGAAAGGAGUUGCUACUAAAACUUUCCCUUGCACUUCAGCUUGCUACACUAUUGAUAACCUUCCUGCUGAAACUGAGAUUAUUUCAGGUCAUUUAGAUGGAACCCUCAGAAUCUGGUGAGCUAAGAAUGAGGAGAAAAUUCAUGAAAUUAAGGAUUUACAUGCUGAUGCCAUCACCUCUGUCACUAUGUCUGCUAAUGGUAACUAUAUCCUGACAAAUUCGAGAGACCACACACUGAAAUAUAUCGAUAUUCGUAAAUAUGAAGAAGUUGCUGAGUUUGAAAAUGACAUGUAUAUCAAUGGCUCGAAUACUAACAGAUCGACUAUGAAUUCAACUGCUACUUAUGGAGCUGUAGGAUCCAGUCACGGAAAUGUCAUCAUCUUUGAGAUCAAGGGAGAAAGUAUCGAGGUUGAAGAGAUCUAUCCUGAUUACCACAGUUCAUGUAUUAAUUCAAUCCAAUGGCAACCAGGGGCUUCCAGCUUUGCAUCUAUCGAUGCCUCUGGAUCCCUUCUUAUUUGGGAUUAA